ACAUAGUAAACACAGAAUGAACACAUCAAUUCACAUUUUAGCCCUCGUGAAAAGCCCAUGACCUUGACUUGCACGCCAUUCGGCGAAAACCAUGUUAUCAUUCUCUCGCCACACCCACGCCAUCUCUAAUCAAACUCUCGCCGUCUUAUUAUUUAGACACCGUCCUCACUCGUUCUCAUCAUUACUACUCUCAUUUCCCAAACCGCCUUCAUUCGCAUUCAAAUCUUCUCGCUCUUUCUCCCUCCUCCCCUCAAACCGCAGGAUGGGCUCUCUCUCUGCUUUCGAUCACUCCUUGCACUACCCUCCCGCUCGCAGGGACGAGUCCGUCGUUGAUGACUACAAUGGCGUCAAGGUCGCUGAUCCUUAUCGAUGGCUUGAAGAUCCUGAUUCUGAAGAAACGAAAGAGUUUGUGAAUAAGCAGGUGGAAUUGACGCAAUCGGUGCUUCAGGCUUGUGAUACGAGGGAGAAGAUUUGCGAGAAAAUCACGAAACUUUUUGAUCACCCGCGUUAUGAUCCGCCUUUUAGGCGUGGGAAUAAGUACUUUUACUUCCACAAUACCGGUCUUCAAGCCCAAAACGUCCUUUAUGUGCAGGACAGGUUGGAUGGAGUGCCGGAGAUUUUGCUUGAUCCGAAUUCACUUAGCGAAGAUGGGACUGUCUCUCUGAAUACAUAUUCCGUAAGUAAGGAUGCCAAGUACUUGGCCUACGGGCUUAGUACGAGUGGCAGCGAUUGGGUGACAAUUAAAGUUAUGAAUGUUGAAGACAAGAGGGUUGAGGCUGAUACUUUAUCAUGGGUAAAGUUUUCUGGUAUUAGUUGGACCCGUGAUAGCAAGGGGUUUUUCUACAGCCGCUAUCCACCUCCAAAAGAAGGAGAUGUAGAUGCCGGGACAGAAACCAAUGCUAAUCUCUAUCAUGAGGUGUAUUAUCAUUUUUUGGGCACGGACCAAUCUGAAGAUAUUUUAUGCUGGAAGGACAGUGACAACCCUAAAUACUUGUUUGGGGCCAGUGUAACAGACGAUGGAAAGUAUGUUCUUUUGUAUAUUGACGAGGGAUGUGACCCAGUCAACAAAUUUUACUACUGUGACAUGUCUGAGCUUCCCAAUGGGCUUGAAGGUUUUAGGGGGAAGAAUGAUUUGCUCCCUUUUGUCAGGGUCAUUGAUAACUUUGAUGCUCAGUAUCUAACCAUUGCAAAUGAUGACACAGUAUUUACUUUUCUGACAAAUAAAGAUGCUCCAAAGUAUAAGCUAGUCCGAGCAGAUCUGAAGCAACCAACACUUUGGACAGAUGUUCUUCAAGAAGAUGAAAAAGAUGUACUCGAAUCUGCAUUUGCUGUAAAUGGUAAUCAACUGGUUGUAAGUUACCUGAGCGAUGUAAAGUAUGUUGUGCAGAUAAGGGACCUGAAAUCAGGUUCGUUAAUCCAUCAAUUGCCCAUUGACAUUGGCUCGGUUUAUGGCAUUUCUGCAAGACGUGAAGACAACAUAGUUUUCUAUGGGUUUACGAGUUUUCUUACUCCUGGAAUAAUAUAUCAGUGCAAUUUAGACUCUGAACUUCCAGAAAUCAAGAUAUUUCGUGAAAUUGCUGUUCCUGGGUUUGACCGGUCAGCGUUCAAUGUUCAUCAGGUUUUUUUUCCCAGCAAAGAUGGUACGAAGAUACCAAUGUUUGUUGUUGCAAGAAAGAAUAUUGUUUUGGAUGGAUCACACCCCUGUUUGUUAUAUGGUUAUGGUGGAUUUAACAUUAAUUUAACACCCUCAUUCAGUGUGAGUCGUAUCGUACUUUCAAGGCAUUUAGGUGCCGUUUUCUGUAUAGUAAACAUUCGUGGUGGUGGAGAGUAUGGAGAGAAAUGGCAUAAAGCAGGUUCACUUGCGAAGAAGCAAAAUUGCUUUGAUGACUUCAUUUCCGCUGCUGAAUACCUCAUAUCUACUGGUUAUACACAACCCAAAAAAUUGUGUAUAGAAGGUGGAAGUAAUGGCGGGCUUCUUGUUGGGGCUUGCAUAAAUCAGAGACCUGAUCUUUUUGGUUGUGCACUGGCUCAUGUUGGUGUAAUGGACAUGCUGCGAUUCCACAAAUUCACCAUAGGUCAUGCCUGGACCUCGGAUUAUGGUUGUGCUGACAAGGAGGAAGAGUUUCAGUGGCUUAUCAAGUACUCGCCUCUGCAUAAUGUCAGGAGACCCUGGGAGAAUCCUGAUAAAGCUUCACAGUACCCAUCUACCAUGUUGUUGACUGCCGACCACGACGAUCGGGUCGUACCAUUACAUUCAUUGAAGUUGUUGGCGACUAUGCAAUAUGUUUUGUCCACGAGCUUGGAGAAAAGCCCACAGACCAAUCCGAUCAUUGGUCGCAUCGAGUGCAAAGCAGGACACGGAGCUGGACGUCCAACGAAGAAAAUGAUCGAUGAAGCUGCGGACCGUUAUAGUUUCAUGGCUAAGAUGUUAGGUGCAUCUUGGUUGGAGUAGUUGUCCCACCCCUACACAAUCAGGAAUUUGCUUGGAGAGAGAAUAAUUGCAAGAUUCACCCCGUCGGGGCUUAAAUUCCUUCUACGUUAUUUAUUUUUCCCCCUCAAUGUUUUAAAUUUAGUUAUUAUGACUUUUCAUGUGAUUAGUCUUUACAGCGCACGAAAAUUAGGGAAGUUACGAAACUAUAAAUUGUAAGCUCGUGCGAUUGGGGGCUGCCCGUGGUUGGUAGUUUUAAUCUUAGCAGAAAGUUUAUUAUUUCUAACCAGUUUAAAGAUUUUUCGUAUCCCAGUUAAUGGGCUGGGCCCAGUACUAUGUAAAAUCUUACUCGCGCAGCCCAACAAAUUACUUGUAAGGUUGGGCCCAAACUUUGUGGUUAAAGAAAUCCAAUGACAGAAGAUAUGGCGGGCCCAA